GUCCCAUACAAAAAGUUGCCAUCGACGAGCAAACCAAAAGGCAUAUGAGAGAAUAACUGAAAAAAAUUCCCAAUCCCAAACCAUAUAAAAAAGGGUGUUAAAACAAGAGCUUGAUAAAUAAAAAGAAAGAAAUCGGCUUAACGAAGAGAAAGAAGACAUUUUCAUUAACGGAAAAAGAGUAGGGACAAAACAUUGUUGUAAGAGAGAGUGGUCAGAUUGUCGAGAAAGGUUUUAUUGCUCUUUGCUAUUUUUGCUUCCCAUUAUCACGAUGAUGUUGAUGCGUUGAACUUGGUUUUAAUUCAAUUGGAAGCUCUUGGGACUUGGUCUGAAGCAACAACAGCAUCAAAACAGAGAGGUCAGACUUAGCUUCAUUCGCUGUUUCAUAACUAAAGUUUCAUGCUUGGGUGGUUUGAAUUGGAAAAGCUGGUUCCUUUGUUUGUGGGGUAAUAUAUAGGAAGACAAGAAGGAAAAGCAUUUCCCAGGAUAAUUGAGUGACUAAGAUUUUCAAGUUUAAUCAUGUCUGUAGCAUUCCUAUGGAUUGUCACCCCAAGCGUAGAGAUAUCCAAUAGCUUCGGGUUCUUCGAUUCCGUCCGAGAUGGAAACCGGCUUUUAGAUUCAUCAAUGCCUGUAUCCCGAGAUUGGGGAUCGAUUAAAGCAAACAAGAGUAGGAAACAGAAAUGGAAUCCUUGCUCCCUCGGUACAGAUUUGAAGUAUUCAUCCGUUGGUGGGUCUGGCUUAGUGGGUGGAAGCAACUUCCCUGUGUUAUCGAGCAUGGUAGCAAACCCUGCAGGAGAAAUGGCUAUAUCAUCAGAGCAGAAGGUUUACAAUGUGGUGCUGAAGCAGGCAGCCUUGGUUAAGAAGCAAUUGAGGUCUAGUGGGGAUCUUGAUGUGAAUCCGGAUAUUGUUCUUCCUGGGACACUGAGCUUGUUAAGCGAAGCUUAUGACCGUUGUGGAGAAGUUUGUGCAGAGUAUGCAAAGACGUUUUACCUAGGAACUCUGCUAAUGACCCCUGAAAGGCGAAGGGCUAUCUGGGCAAUAUAUGUGUGGUGUAGGAGGACAGAUGAGCUUGUUGAUGGGCCUAAUGCUUCACACAUAACACCAACAGCUUUAGAUAGGUGGGAGGCACGGUUGGAUGAUCUUUUUCAAGGUCGUCCAUUUGACAUGCUCGAUGCUGCUUUAUCCGAUACCGUUACAAAAUUCCCUGUUGAUAUCCAGCCAUUCAAGGAUAUGGUUGAAGGAAUGAGAAUGGACCUAAAGAAGUCAAGAUACAAAAGUUUUGAUGAGCUAUAUCUCUAUUGUUAUUAUGUUGCUGGAACAGUUGGAUUAAUGAGUGUUCCAGUCAUGGGCAUUGCACCCGAGUCGCAAGCAACAACAGAGAGUGUAUAUAAUGCUGCCUUGGCAUUAGGGAUUGCAAAUCAGCUAACCAACAUACUCAGGGAUGUUGGAGAAGAUGCUGGAAGAGGUAGGAUUUAUCUACCACAGGAUGAGCUUGCUCAGGCAGGGCUUUCAGAUGAUGACAUAUUUGCUGGAAAGGUGACGGACAAAUGGAGAAAUUUCAUGAAGAAUCAAAUAAAGAGGGCAAGGAUGUUCUUUGAUGAGGCAGAGAAAGGGGUGACAGAGCUAAGUGCAGCUAGUCGAUGGCCGGUAUGGGCAUCCUUGCUGUUGUACCGCCAAAUAUUGGACGAGAUAGAAGCUAAUGACUACAACAACUUCACGAAGAGGGCUUAUGUAAGCAAAGCCAAGAAGUUACUUGCUUUGCCAAUUGCAUAUACGAGAUCUCUUAUCCAACCGUCAAGAACAUCAUCUCUGUUGACGAAGGCAUGAAUCCAAACUUGAACAUAAAAGUGCAGAACUGAUUAUAUGGGGAAUAACUUUGUAAAAAGAGAAAAAUGAAUAGCAUGCAGAAGUUGUAUAUCAUGAGACCUUGUAUUGCAGAUAGUGUUCAUCUUUAGAAGCACCCUCCAAAGGUUCCUUCAAAAGCAAGCAAUGUGACUACCAAAAAAACAAGAGCAACACAUAGGCAAGCAUAGGAUUUAAAUUUCCAUACUCAUUAUAAUUUAUACACGCUUGGAAUAUCAGAAAGCAGCUAAGAAAUUUGAGAUUA